GGCGUGAGAUAGAUGAAUGGCGGCUGUGUGUGGCGGGGAAGAUGAAUCAUAUAUAUUUGUACUUUAGUUCAGUGACAUCAGAAUUUCGAAACCAGAGCAGAAUCGGAAUCGCGACUCGGGACUGAUGUUUGUCCGCGUGGGGAGUCCGUAGAGGAGCAGCUGAUGUGUCAGUGCACAUGGCCGGACAGAGCCGAGGGCGGCGCUCCCGGGCGUCUGGAUUUGAAAUGGCUGGUUUAAGUGCUCAAGACAGGAUGCGCCAGAAAAUGGAGAAAAAAGCCAAGAAAAAAACAGAAGCAAAGUAUUCUGUACAACAGUUGCUGGAAAAAGCAGAAGAUUGUAUGGACAACUUCAAUUUCGAACUGGCACAAAUGUUCUGCCAACGAGCGCUUGAUUUGGAACCUGAUAACAUUACUGUCCUUGAGAUGAUGGGCAACAUCUUUGCAGAGCUUGGAAACUCGGAAAAAGCAAAAGAGGUGUUUCAGCGAUCUGUGGAGCUACGGCCUGAAGAAGGCCACGCCAAGUACAUGUAUUUGGGUCAGAUCCACGGUGGCGAGGAGGCAGUGCAGUACUUCAGAAAAGGAACAGAGCUCAUGAUCCGAGAAUACCAAAAGCAGAAAGAACUGGUCACUCAGGCAGCAGCUUGUGACCCUGAUAAUCUUGAGGUGACUUCGCAAAACAUCUCCACAGCUUUUUGUUCGGUGGCUGAGAUUUUCCUUACUGACCUCUGUUUGGAGGAGGGAGCCGCAGAUAAUUGUAAAGAAGCCCUUGAAAAGGCCUUAGAGUAUGAUCCUAGCAACCCUGAAGCCUUGCAGUUGAUGGCCAGUUAUCUCUUUAGUACAGAACAGCAGCAGGAAGGGAAAACAUUCCUGAUGAAAAGCAUUGAACAGUGGUUGCCUAGUUAUCAGAAAGCAGUGACAGAGCAGCAAUCUCAAGGUGAUGAUGACUCCGAACAAUUACAGAAUUUAUUUCCUCCUUAUGAAUCCAGAAUAACUACGGGCAAACUGCUGAUAGAAGCUGAAGAAUAUGAGGAAUGCCAAGGAAAUCCCGGAAUAGCCUCCCCAGAUGUAGGAGCAGCAGGUGGGACUUGGAGGAACUUAGACUUCCCAGAGUUGCUGUUGAGAUUCUUGAGGGGCUCUUGGAAGAGGAUGAUGAAGUUGUACAGGUUUGGUAUCUGCUGGGAUGGGUUUGUUAUCUUCAAGCAGAGAAGUCGGAUCAGGAGGCUGCAUUCAAGAAAUCUGCCAGGGCACACCUCACGAAAGCUAAAAAGCUUUACACAAAGCUCAAGUGUGAUGACUCCCCACUGCUGGAUCACACGGAGCAGCUCCUGGCAGACCUGGGAGGUGCUGAGGGCUCAGAGCCUUCAGACGAUGAGCAGCCUCCCACUGAGGAUAUCCAGGAUGACUUUGUGGAAAGCAGUGACGAGGAGGAAAUGGAACAGUGAUUUUUUUUUUUGACAGGAACAUUUCUGUAAGGCAGCGGGAGCUCUUCCAUCAAAAAUAUUAAAGGAAUAGUUUUUUUAAAUAAAAA